GGGGAAAAGAAGGCCAAAAAAAUCUAUCUCUGAGAAACUUUUUUUUAGAGAAGAUCAAGGAAAAGUUUCCGUGGGAUCUGGGAAUGUCUCCUCUCUCCUGUGUGGAAUGAGAGAUCGGGAUGCGGACACAGUGGGAAGGGAAACUGAUCCAUAGAAGCAGCUGUGCCGCAAUCUAAAGGCAGCAUUGCCCACUCCCCUGUGCCCACAGGCCUGGCAGGAUCAUCCUCACUGCCACUGCAGGGAACCCAGCUGCACCCAUCAGGAAAUGCUUCUGCUUCGUUCUUGGAUAUAAAGGGACGUUCCUAGAGCCUGGAGCCUGUUUAACCACUGAAAUGCUCCAAGAGAAGAGCUUGUCAGAAAGCGAGGACGGGUUUCCAACAACCCAAACAGCUGGACAUGCAGAGGCUGCUGCAGGAUCACCAACACUGGGAGUAGCAGGUCUGAGCACCUCUUUGAGCAGCCCACAAAGCCAGGAUCCAGAGCAGACUAUAGAAAACAUCAAGGUGUACCUCCAUGAGAAGGAGCUUUGGAAGAAAUUUCAUGAAGCAGGAACUGAGAUGAUAAUAACCAAGGCUGGCAGGAGAAUGUUUCCAAGCUACAAGGUAAAAGUGACUGGAAUGAACCCUAAGACAAAAUAUAUCCUUCUCAUAGAUAUUGUUCCAGCUGAUGAUCAUCGGUACAAAUUUUGUGACAACAAAUGGAUGGUGGCUGGCAAAGCUGAACCUGCAAUGCCUGGUCGUUUGUAUGUACAUCCAGAUUCCCCUGCAACUGGAGCACAUUGGAUGCGGCAACUGGUCUCAUUUCAGAAACUAAAGCUGACAAACAAUCACCUUGAUCCUUUUGGACAUAUUAUUUUGAAUUCAAUGCACAAAUACCAACCAAGGUUACAUAUUGUUAAAGCAGAUGAAAAUAACGCAUUUGGGUCCAAGAACACAGCUUUCUGUACACAUGUGUUUUCAGAGACAUCUUUCAUAUCCGUCACCUCUUACCAGAAUCACAAGAUAACACAACUGAAAAUUGAAAAUAAUCCUUUUGCCAAAGGCUUUAGAGGGAGUGAUGACAGUGACCUCCGUGUGGCGCGUCUGCAAAGCAAAGAAUAUCCUGUGAUUUCUAAAAGCAUCAUGAGGCAAAGACUGGUAUCAAGUCAUCCAGGACAGUUAUCAGGCAAAUCAGAUCUUAACCCACUUCAUGGAAGUCACCAGGGCCUACAGCAUUAUCAGUAUGAGAAUGGAGCACAUAUGCAAUUUGCCCCGUCUGAUGCCCAGGACUUGCCACUCAACACCUUCACUGCACAGAGGGACUCUGGCUUGUUUUAUCACUGUUUAAAAAGAAGAGAAGGGGCUCGCCAUCUUGACUUACCAUGCAAGAGAUCUUAUUUGGAUCCCUCAUCAUCUAUGGCAGAUGAUCACUAUUUUCGAUCUCCUCCUCCAUAUGACCAGCAAAUGUUGAGUCCAUCAUACCGCAAUGAAGUUACACCAAGGGAACCAUGUAUGUACUCUACUUCAGGAGCUGAAAUAGCUGGUGUAUCAGGGGUAGAAGAUUUACCUCCUCCACCUCCACCUUUAAGCUGUAACAUGUGGACUUCUGUUUCACCGUACACUAGCUACAGUGUUCAGACAAUGGAGACCGUGCCAUAUCAACCUUUCCCCACUCAUUUUACCACCACCACCAUGAUGCCUCGUCUGCCUGCCAUUGCAGGACAAGGGUCUCAGCCUCCGGGAGAAUCCCACUUCAGUGUCUACAAUCAGCUUUCUCAGUCGCAGGCUCGGGAAAGAGUUCCUUCGUCGUCAUUUCCUAGAGAAAGGGUACAUCCAUCCCUUUGUGAACGAAAACCCCCAUCCCCUCAUAUUAACACAGCCAAUGAAUUUCUGUAUUCACAAAGCUUUUCUUUAUCCAGAGAAUCUUCGCUACAGUAUCAUUCAGGCAUGGGGACUGUUGAAAACUGGACUGAUGGAUGACUGCUGCUUCCAUGGACACCACAUAUGAAUUAUUCUUCAAUGACCCAACCAAUCUGAUUUCUUUCCUUAAUACCUGUUGGUAUCCUGCACUCCAGAAAGUCUUUUUAUCUGAGAUUGCUCGAUAUAGAGGAUAUAGAGAAAUUAUCACUAUAGACGUGUUAAAGUCAACCUAUACAGUCCUGGAUCUUCUAUAUUUCAAAAACUGGGAAAACCAGUAAAAGUAGAACAUGCAUCAAACUAUUUCUCAAAUGAAAUACAAAAGUGGAAAAUCACUACAUUUUGCAUGCUGAAAAGCUAUUUAUACAUAUAUAUAUAUAUGUAUAUAUAUAUAAAUAUAUAUAUAUCUAUCCAAAUGCAAGCCACAUUUUCAAUGAAGCUUUGCUUUAACAGAUGAAAUGCUUAAUAAAAACGAAUGUUACCAGGGUUUUGAAAGACAUCUAUUUAAGAUUUUUUUUUUAAAUUAAAUGUGUUGUUUAAAAAAACUAAGAAAAAUAACUUUUAUAUGCAAGAGACUACAUUUUCUUAGAAAUCCUGUUAGACCCAAGUGAAGUGGAAAUUUCCUGGUUUCCUUGUUAUAUAGCUUGGUCAUUUUAUUUACAGUACAUAUAAGAGCAUAAAAAACAUUUUUACUUGUAAUCCAAAGUUUCUGUUACUUUUCAGUAAUCUUUAUUAAUUUGUGCAGUUAUAAAUAUUAUAAGCUGACAGCGACUCAAGAUUUCAUCAUCCCAUCCCUCACUGCUCUUCAAUAAAUCUCAGACUUUCCCAGGAAGAUAUCCAUAAUGUCAGACAUUUUCCCAGCCUAAGAAACAUUCAGCCCAUGUUGUGAUUUGGUGAUAUGUGUGGCAUUAAUAAUUGGUUUGUCUGUUACAGCAUUCAAGAUAAGAACGACAUAAUGGAAGCUUAACGUUGCCAUGAAAAACUAUUAUGAACUUGAAUAUUUUGAACAAUACUCCUAAUUGUUAGGAAAAAUUUAUGUAAACAAAGGUUUUCAAAAAGCUUCCUAUUAUGGAGAUAAAUUUAUUUAUGUUUUUUUCAGUGGGUUUUGGUGGCUUGUAAGGGUAUCCAUGUUCCAAGAACUCCUUUUACUUUAUAUUGAUGCUUUACAGAAUUGUUGUUCAGGUUUAUCAGUUUGCUCUAGUACUGUGACCCUUCUAAGGCUUUAGCUAAGGUUAGCUCUAGGUAAAAUUACUUUGUGGUUAAGGCGUUUUAGCUCUGCAAAAGCAUAUACAUUGCCCUAUGUUAGAGAAGCUUCUUUCAACUAUGCCACAACUGCUCAUUAUAGAUGAAAAUCAUUCCAUAUAGAUAUCCUUUCUCCUAAUUGCCCAGGCCAGAAAUUCUCCAAAUCAAGUUGACCAAAACCCACUAUUGAUUUUCCAUUGCUUGUAAUCAAUAAUUAAUUGAUUAUUGCUUCAAAGAAGCAGCAGACGGUGAAGGCAAAUGCAAAGACUGCAUUUUUUUUCUGGUUAAAUAGACCACACUGAGAAAUGUUAGCGUGGAUACACAAAAUGUUCGCCACCAGGGAACCCAUGAAUUUCUUCACAAAACUCUACAGGGAAAAAGCUCACUCUUCCAAAUUCACAUUUCUGAUAAAAAAAAAUGUGCUGCAUCAUUUUCAUAAAUAUAUAUUUAUAUAUGUAUGUAGUAUAUAUACAUGCAUAUAAAUAUUCAUUUAGAGAAACACUGCUUCCUUGCAGCAUUGGGUCCUAGGUUUGUAUAUUCUUCUUGUGUGUGGGUUUCCUUUGUCUUUCCAUGGUACAAAACACAAAAAGUUUUAUUUACCUAUCCACCCUACUAGGUGGACUGGGUGCAGUCCUCAAAGGCGUAGAUAGUCAAUCAAAAAAGGGGUCGCUUUACACAGGUCUUAUCACGAAUUUUAGUAGUUUAUUAAGUGAAAAACGAAGAAGUGAUGCUUCGGCUACUCCUGCAGCCUUUCUCAAAGUUGUAUAUAUACAACACUAUAUAUAUAUAGUGUGUGUGUGUAUGUGUGUGUACAUUUACACAAUGGGAUCAGAAAGUUGAAGUGUACCACCAAGAACUGGUAUGUCCGCCAUUUGCCAUUUGUUUUACCAACUGAACCCUGGCAUCUAUUCUUCCAGUUAUUUUAAAUCCGUAUUAUACCAGUUCUCUUUUGUAGCAUCAAGGGGCAGAUUUACUAAAAAUCAGAUUUGUUUGUUUUUAGAAACUCACAUAAACUCCUGAGAGUCGAUCAUACAAAAGUUUCAAAUUUUGUUUUAUUUUUAUCCAAAAUGUUCAGGAAAGGUUUUCUUGAAAAAGUUAAGAAUUUUGGUGAAAGUUUUAUGAAUUUUUUUGAGAAUAUAUUGCCAUUUCUUAACAAAAUCUUAAAAUUUAAACGGAUGUUUAUUUCCAUAAAUCAUCUUUAUUUUUCCUAAACGGGAAAUGC